AUGAGAGAGGUUCACGAGGCACAGGUGGUCAAGUGGAUCCGGAAGAUGCUGAUGAUGUCGCAGACUCGAAGCAUGCCUCUGAUGCGGCUCCAGCACCUCAGGAACGUUCUCUUCCUGCCACCGGACUUCAAGUCGAGGAUCAUCCACGCAUAUCCGCAGUACUUCCGGGUGACGACCGUGAGGGGGGCUCUCACUCUCGAGCUCGUGGAGUGGGACGAGUCGCUGGCGGUGACUUACAGGGAGCAGAGGCUGAGAGACAACGCUCUGGAGCUGGACGAGCUCAUGGGCGACACGAAUCCUCACGCGUUUCCGAUGUCGUUCCCGACCGGCUUCCACCUGAGGAAGAACGUGAGGGAGUACUACGAGACGUUUCAGAAACUCCCGUUCCAGUCGCCUUACGAGAUAUGCCGGACGAUCCAUGGGACGAUGGAGGCGGAGAAGCGGAACUUGGCCAUCGUCCACGAGAUACUGAGCAUGUACGUGGAGAAGCGGGCACAGAUCGCGCAGAUCGCGGUGUUCCGCAAGGACUUCAAGCUCAUGAGCUCGCUCCGGGGGCUCAUCGAGCGCCACCAGGGGAUCUUCUACACGUCUUACAAGGAGGACCUCUUCACGGUCUUCCUCAAGGAGGCUUACAGCGGCAUGAGACUGAUCGAUCGCAGUCCGCUGCUGGACUUCCGGGACAGGUUCAUAAGGCUGUGCUUGAUCCAGCCUCGGGAGAAGCGGCUGGAUCCGCGAAGAACUUCUCCCGAGAAUGUGGAGAAGCGGCUCCGGCAGAUGGACACGAUCAAGGAGGAGGUGGGGAGAAUGGACUGCGAGGGGAAGAUAUCAUGCAAAGGAUCCAAGAGGGAGAUGAGGAGGUGCCUGGCGAGUGGACACGAGGUGGAGAUACUCGGGGAGGAUAGAAACGCAAGGUGGAGGAGGCCGAGGGUGCUGUUCGAGGAGAUGAUGGACAAGACGCCGGACUACAACAUCACAGAGCUGGAGAAGGCGCUGUAUAGAUUCAAAGGGAAGGCUGAUAAGUGGCCAAACCGGGAAGAUGGAAGCUGUGAAGGCUUGGAUGACGACGACGACGGUGACUCCGACUUUGAGUGGUGA